AUGUCUAGACCCUGUGCUUUCCUGAUGGCCCUGGUGGUGAUGAACUACUGGUCAACCUGCUCUCUAGGAUGUGACCUGACUGAGACUCAUAACCUCAGGAACAAGGGAGUCUUGACACUCCUGGAACAAAUGAGGAGACUCUCCCCGCUCUCCUGCCUAAAGGACAGAAAGAACUUUGCAUUCCCUCUGAAGAAAGUGGAUGCCCAGCACGUCCAGAAGGCUCAAGCCAUCCCUGUCCUACAGGAACUGACCCAGCAAGUCCUCGUCCUCUUCAGCUCAAAGGACUCAUCUGCUGCUUGGGAGACAGCCCUCUUAGACACCUUCUGCACUGGCCUCCACCAGCAGCUCAAUGACCUGCAAGCCUGUCUGUUGCAGCAGGUGGGGAAGCAGGAACCUCCCCUGAGCCAGGAAGACUCCCUGGUGGCUGUGAGGAAAUACUUCCACAGGAUCACUGUCUACCUGAGAGAGAAGAACCACAGCCCCUGUGCCUGGGAGGUGGUCAGAGCAGAAGUCUGGAGAGCAUUGUCUUCCUCAGCCAACUUUCUGGCAAGAUUGAGUGAGGAGAAGGAGUAA